AUGGUACAUCCGAUUGCAGAAGCCAACGAAACCAGCCCCUUCGGAAAACGUACACCGGAGGAAUUCUACGCCCAUCACUCACUUGUUCACUCCACCGACCACCUUAUAAACCCAAGAGGCCUUAAACUCUUCACGCAGUCUUGGACGCCACUCCCGCCGACCAAAAUCAUCGGCGUUAUCUGCGUUGUCCACGGUUAUACCGGCGAGUCAAGCUGGUUCGUACAACUAACCUCCGUCCACCUCGCCAAGGCUGGAUUCAUCGUCUGUGCUAUCGACCACCAGGGUCACGGAUUCUCCGAUGGUCUCAAACUACAUAUCCCUGACAUCAAUCCCGUCGUCGACGACUGUAUCUCGUUCUUCAAUUCCUUCCGUGAAAAACACGCGCCGUCGCUUCCUUCUUUUCUCUACUCCGAAUCCCUCGGUGGCGCUAUCGCUCUUCUCAUCACCCUCCGCCGCGACGGGAAACCCUUCGACGGAUUAGUCCUUAACGGUGCCAUGUGUGGGAUAAGCGAAAAGUACAAGCCGCCGUGGCCGUUGGAGCACUUCCUCUCCAUCGCCGCGGCGGUGAUCCCUACAUGGUGCGUGGUCCCCACUCGCGGGUCUAUUCCAGAGGUGUCGUUCAAGGUAGAAUGGAAGCGGAAAUUAGCGAUGGCUAGUCCGAGGAGAUCCGUGGCGAGACCACGCGCCUCCACUGCGAAAGAACUCCUACGGAUUUGCAGAGAUGUGCAGAGUAAGUUCGAGGAAGUAGACUUGCCGUUUCUGAUAAUUCACGGCGGAGAAGACAUUAUUUGCGAUCCGGCGUGUGUGGAAGACCUGUACCGACGCGCCGCCAGUAAGGAUAAGACGUUAAAGAUAUACCCCGGGAUGUGGCAUCAGUUGAUUGGAGAAGAAGAUGAUGACGUGGAGCUAGUGUUUGCAGAUGUGGUGGAGUGGCUGAAGACCCGGGCCACAAGCGGCGGAGACUCUUAA